GCGAAUUCAAAAAAGGCAGAGAGCUUUAUUUGUGUGGUAACAGAGAGAAAUUCUAGGGACUGUGGAGUUAUCUGACCGUGGCGUGUGAGUAGUCUACAGGUUGGGAGUCACGCGAACGGGAAACAGAGAAGAAGCAAGGGGAAAACCAGAGGUCAAAAUGGGCACCAGCGAGAGCAAGGUCAAGGUCGCUGUGGCAACACCCAAACUGGAGCCCCCCAGCCGGCCCGUGAGGAACAAGCACCUUCAGAGCGUGAUCGACCCUCGCUCCCCCAGUGCUGGUAUUGACAGAACACCGAUCCAGGUGGGUGCUGUCAGCAGCCUCACCCCUGUGAGGGGGGGGCUCUCUGAGGGUGCAGUCCUGGAAGACGACCCCCGCUCCCCCACGCUUGGUAUUUCCCGCACCCCGAUGAAAGAUAUCAUGGCAGCUACGGUGACCUCCUUUGUUCGGCGGCUGAACGAUCUCUUCCUCGACGAGGAAGGCAGGGCAGAGGAGGGCGCCCCCGAAACGGUCCCACGAGAUCCCUACCCUGGGGUGCAGGACGAGCCCUUUGUGGCCCCACCGGCCCUUUCUGAAACCCCCCAACUGGAUUCUCCGGGGGCCGUACCCCAAAACCUACAGGCGGGGGCACAAGUGUGCCGUGAGCCCUCCCGAUUCGGUUGCGGCUCGCCCGCGAAAGACGUUCCUCGUUUCCAGACACCCCUCCUGCCGGGAAGCUUGGGAAUUGAUGCCGGAGUUCUACAGACAUCUCAUGUGCUGAACAGUCCUGAACCAGACAAGACGGAAAACCCUGAGCCGAUGGGAGAGCCUGCAGGACCCGAAAUAGGGGAGCUCAUGGAGUGUGGCGGGAGAGAGACCAAAGACGGGGUGCCCAGGGAGGGGAACGAGUCAUCCGAGUCGGGGUGUGAGCAGCCUCAAAGCCAAGAAAUGGGGUUACACCUUGAGUCCUGCCCCCCCUUUGGUAGCGGCCUCCAGCAGAGUGUGCCCCAAAACGGGGAAGAGGAGGCUCCCCCUCUUCCAAGCUCAACUUCUCCAAGAAAUGCCACGGUCUCUGGUGCAGAACCCCAAAGCUGUGAAACGGAGCCGCACCUGGCAUCCCAACGUCCCGACAAUUCCGGGGUCGGCUCUGACGUGGCGAAGGCGGAAGGCGGGAAACCCGCCGGCUGUCAAGAUGGUCACCUCGCCUUGCGGCCACAGUGGCUGAGGUCGGGUUUUGGGGUAACGGGGAAGGGGGUCCCCCCAGAGAGCCACAGGGCGGUCCCACAGGAUUCAAACCGAACGCCAGACAGGGCCACGGCGGGACAUCGGGGAGCAAAGCAUGCUGGGAGUGGCGUUAAGGACCGGGCGUCACGUUGCAAGAAAGAGAAGACUACCAAAGUGCUGCUGGGUGAGGGCCGCUCUCCACUGCAGAUUCUGAAAGAGACCAACUCACCUCGGGAAAGACCGCUGCAGAUGAAGAAACAGCCCCCUCUGCUGGUCAGAGAAGGAAGGGUCACCCCUGACAGGCACAGUCAGGCUGCAACACUGAAUAAGGAGAAUCGGAUGAGGUAGUCGGGGAGAGAAAGAUGAACAGAUAGUGCCUGAUGGGGAGACAGAGGUGUGCCCCUCUGUCAUUAACACUACACAAGCUCUUGGCCUCCACAUCCACGUCUCUAAAUAUGUUCUGCUCUUUAUCAAGAAGUCCUGUUAGUCGUAGCUCUGUGCGUCCUGAUUCUCUCCCACUGCCUUUGCUGGGAUCUUUCUCUGUGUCAAGUCAGUCUUUGUCUUUUUAAUUCGAGUUGUAAAUAAACAAAUCCUGUAAAUAAACUCCUUCCGAGAUUGA